CUACGUGGUAAAUCACCCUUAGUUUCUUUCAUGGAAUGAAGAACCCAGAUUGCGAAGGCUUAGUUUCCGCUAAGUUGCAAACCUGUUCUGUUCUGUCUUCUCAUAAACCUGGCACAAGCAUGGCGGUUAUUUUAGUGGAUGUAAUCUUCUUUGUUGUCUUACUUGUCUUGGGGACGUUGUGGCUGACCAUAAGUACAAGUGCUCAAGAUACGUGCUACUCAUUCCACAACAUUUCAAAGAGUUGGGAAGAUAGCAAAAAGAUUUGUCAAGAGAAUGGCGGGAUCUUGGUAUCCAUGGAAACAGAAGAGGAAUACCAGUUUAUCAACCAGACGAUACAAAGUCUAGAUGUAGGAGAAAACGAGUGGUAUAUUGGUUUGAGGAGAAUAUCAAGAACUGACUACUUGAAGUGGAUUAGUGGACAUGACAUGAACAUUGAUAAAUGGAUGUCAGGCGAACCAAGUAGAUCAGAAGGUUGCGUUAAAAUGUUAAAACACUAUAAAGGACGGGGAUUAUUCGAUGACGUUAGAUGCAGUAUACCAUACAUAUUCAUAUGUGAAUACAAAAAUUUAACAUCGGAGCUUAAGGAAAAGAUCGAGAAGAGAAAAACAGAUGUAAUCAACCACACUUGCUACGAUAUGAACGAUGAUAAAACAAAGCACAAUUCAUCUGUCGGUCCAACAUCAAGUAUUGAAGAAACAACUAAUACGACUAAAGAAAAAACAACUUCAAGUGAAAACGUGGUGCAACCGACGACUUCUAUAACUGCAUUAACAUUGGAGCUUCAGGAAAAGAUUGAGAAGAGAAAAACAGAUGUAAUCAACCACACUUGCAACGAUAUGAACGAGAAUAAAACAAGGAGACUCAAUUCAUCUGUCGGUCCAACAUCAAGUAUUGAAAAAACAACUAAUACAGAUGUAAUCAACCACACUUAUUACCAUACUAAUGUGAACGAUGAUAAAACAAAGCACAAUUCAUCUGUCGGGCCAACAUCAAGUAUUGAAAAAACAACUAAUGCGACUAAAGAAAAAACAACUUCAAGUGAAAACGUGGUGCAACCGACGACUUCUAUAACCGCAUAUACUUCAACUAUUUCCAGUACAACUAAGACUGUCAGGAAAGAACAGUCAUUUCGCAUCAUGCUCGUGGUGAUUGCACUCGCUGUUUCACUGGCUGUUUUUAUAUGUAUCUUUGUUGCUGUAUUUUGCUGGUUCAGAAAGAAAUCAGCCUCAACAAAACAAAACAAUAAAACAAUAAAAUAUACGUUUCUUAUUUUAGGACAAAAACCAAGACAGAUUAAAUCWUCUAGAAAUCCAUCAAAAAGAAUUGCAGCCUUUAAUACAAGAUUAUGUGAACAAGAACAAAGAAACAUCAGCAACGCAAACUCAGAGGRUGUACAGAUAGUGGGCCUAGAUGCUGUACAGUAUGCUGCACCAGUCGAUGACAUAGACUACCCAAAACCAUCCACUCAUAACAUKACACAUGAUAUACUAUAUGAUACGGAUCUAUCGACCUACUCUGAAGUGCAUGAUGCAAUACCACMAUCUGCUAAGUUGACCUCCAUAUAUUAUGAUGAUGAAAACCUAUACUUGAAUCCAGUUGAUUCUGCACUUACUUCAGAUGCAAACUUCUGUGCAAGUGUUGAAGUUAAUUCCAAGCCAUUCCAAGGUGUYGCAUCUAAAUAUGACAAAGUGCAUCAGCAAUCGGAAGAGGCUGUUGCUGGGCCUUCUUCUGAACAGCAACAAUGCAAGAAGAAUUCUGCAACUGAACCAGUUUCUUGCAACAGCCUGUAUGCAACAACUGACCUUAAUUUCAAACACAACARAGWCCUUGCCAAGGCAUCUAAACAUGGACAAGAGCAACAAUGCAAGAAGAAGGCUGAAACUGAACCAGUUUUUUGCAACAGCSUGUAUGCAACAACUGACCUUAGUUCCMAACAAAAMAMAGCUCWUGCCAAGGCAUCUAAACAUGGACAAGAGCAACAAUGCAAGAAGGAUGCUGCAAUUGAACCAGAUUCCUGUAACAGUUUGUAUGCAACCACUGACCUUAAUUYCCAACAAAACAAAGCCCUUGCCAAAGCAACUAAACAUGGCCAACAGAAAAAAUGCAAGGAUGAUAAUACAACUGCAGCCCUUUCUUGCAAMAGCCUGUAUGCAACCACUGACCUUAAUUCCAAAGCAUACCAAGAUGAAUUCGAACGUACUCAACACUUGAUUGAYACGAAUAGUGGACCGUCUUYYUWCWAC